AUGGAUAUAGGUUUAUUUAGAAAAAUAUUUAAAAAUCAUCUUUUGAUGAGACAAGUAUUUCAAUGCGUACAACAUGUUCAAUCUUUAAAAGAAAUUGAUCCCUUCUUUCCAACAGAAUUUGGUUUAAAGAAUUUAGGAAGUUCUUAUUUUCAUACAUACAUCUAUCUUCCACCAAAGAUUGAAAAGGUCAAAUUUUUGGUCAAAGAGGUAAAGGUUUCUCCUAUUCGUUUGAAACCAGAUAUACGUCAAGUUGCAUUAAAGACACUUGACAUUGAAAUCGAUAGAGAUAAUAAUAAUGCCUGGGCACCAUCAAUUGCAAAGACAAUAGAAAUAGAACAAAAUCAUUUAUUCUUUUAUCUAUUGAAUAGAAAUCCAAAUGCUUUGUCUCAAAGAGAUGAGAUGAUGAUUGUACUAGGUGCUAUAUGUCGAUUUGGUGCAUUGGACUUAUUACAAUAUACAGUUGGUACACUUUUUGGUCGAUAUGAUUUCGCUGCUUUACAAUUCUUUUCAACAGAUGAUACAGCAGAAUUAAUGUCUUUGGCAUGUAAAAACAAUCAUCUAGAUAUUGUUGCUUGGUUAACCAUUCAACAUUCUGCAACUAUCACACCAUAA